AUGUCUUCCAGAGAUUUGCCGCGGUCGUUCACGUCUUGGUACAAACGAUUCCCUGAUGAGAUCACAUUGAACAAAAAAACAGUUGAAGAAACUGAAGACGAAAAGGCCGUUCGCAAAGUGCAAAUGAAGAAUUUAUGGCCGGCAUUCAUUUCUGGCGCUGGUUUGUUCUCCGAUGGCUAUGUCAAUAACUCUAUCGGAACGGUCACAACCUGUUUGUCUCUUCUUUACAAAGAGAAGUAUACCCAUUCCAAUGCUAUCUCCAACAUCGCAGCCAUUGCUUUUGCUGGAACUGUUAUUGGCCAAUUGUCGUUUGGAUACAUCUCGGAUCACUAUGCCAGAAAAGGCGGCAUGUUGGUGGCGAAUGUGGCACUUAUUUUCUUUGCCCUUCUCUGUGCUGUUGCAACCUGGGGCAAAACUCCAGAAGGCACUUUUGCUGCCGUCACCACAUGUAGAUUCUUUUUGGGUAUUGCCAUUGGUGCCGAAUACCCUACUUCAUCUGUCAUUGCCUCCGAAUUUGCUAACCAAUUGCCAUCUGGCCACAGAAACAGAUACUUUUGCUGGUUCACCAACUCGUGCAUCGAUCUUGGAUUUGUCAUUUCCUCAUUUGUCCCAUUGGUUUUGUUAUGGAUCUUUUCUGAAAGACAUUUGACUGUUGUUUGGAGAUUGACUUUGGCUCUUGGUGCCAUUCCUCCAAUCUCGUUGUUUUUCAUGAGAAGAAAAAUGACCAACUCCGAAGCCUACGAAAAACUUAAUAUGAAGACCGUCACUAAUUUCCCAUUUUGGCUCACAAUCAAGUUCUACUGGUUUAGAUUGAUCGUGGUGUCUAUCAUUUGGUUUAUUUACGAUUUCUCGGCUUAUUCAUUCUCCCUUUAUUCAUCAUAUAUUCUUUCUGUCAUUUUGCCUGAUAGUGAUAUCUACAAAAGUUGGGGUUGGAAUGUGGUUUUCAACUUGUUCUAUAUUCCAGGAACAUUCCUCGGAGGAUAUUGUACCGAUUUCUUCGGUCCCAGACUCACUCUUGCUGUUGGCCUUACUUGUCAAGCUAUAGUUGGGUUUGGAAUGACUGCUGGUUAUUCACAUUUAAAGCAUCACAUUGCUGCGUUUGUUGUUGUCUUUGGUAUUUUCACCACCCUUGGAGAAUUCGGUCCAGGUAAUAAUGUGGGUAUUUUGGCUGCGAAAACUUCAGCGACUCCAAUCAGAGGCCAGUACUAUGGUAUUGCUGCUGCUACGGGUAAGGUUGGCGCCUUUGUUGGCACCUAUAUUUUCCCCAUUAUUCUUAGAAGGUAUAAGGGUGACAAGGGCAUUCACACUGCUUUUUAUAUCUCGUCUGCAUUGUGUCUCUUUUCAGCAAUAUUGACUGUUUUCUUUGUACCUUCGGUUGAUCAGGAGGCUAUCAACAAGGAGGAUGUUGCCUACGUGAACUACUUGAAAUCCCAUGGAUUCGAUAUCAGCAAUAUGGGUAAUGGAACAGUCUCUGAAUAUGUUGAAAGUGAAAGCACCGAAUUUGACCAGAAACGGAGCGAGGCUAAAGUGGAUACCUACUCUGUCUAG